AUGGGUGGACGGACCAAGACUUGCAUAAUUGCGACUGUCUCGCCUUGUCAGUCUAACCAGGAAGAGACCAUAUCCACAUUGGACUACGCAUUUCGCGCCAAAAAUAUUCACAACAGGCCCCAGAUGAACACGCCUGUCCCCAAAGAUACAUUACUCUCUGAGCUUGCCUCACAAAUCGAGAAUCUUAAGCGCAAUUUGAUAGCAACAAGGCAUCGAAAUGGCGUUUAUAUGACUUACGACGCACAUGAAGAAAUGACCAAAGAAAAUGAGUCACAGCGGAUCAUCAACCAAGAGCAGCAGCAAAGGAUAGAAGUCUUGCAAUCAAACCUCCACCACAAGGCAGAAGAGCUGCUUGCAUUGAAGCGUCAGCUCCAACACUCUGGCAAUCUGAUAGAAGGCCUUGCAACGCACAGCCGGGUUGAUGAAUGUAUCACAAAGCCGAAGCAAUUCGUCGAAGAGAUUGUUCACCUCAGAAGCCAGCUCAAAGUGCGCAUGGACCAAGAUAAGAAGACUAUUGAUAACGAGCACCUUUCCGCUCGACGAGCUGUGGUAUUUGCCCAGAAAGAUUUACAGCAAACCGUGGCAAAUUGUGAGGAUGGGUUUGACGAACCAGUGGCGCUCUGGGCUCAAAAAUUGGAAAACACGCAAUCGCAUAAUAACCAGCUCAUCGAUGCGUAUCGUAAUAAAUUGAACACCUUGGAGGCCACUGUGCAGCAAUCAUGCUCGAAUGUGAAGGGACAACUUGAAACAGUUCUUCAAAGUUGUGGUCAGUUUCAGGACGAUAUGUUACUUCGAUCGUACUCGAUAGAGCAGCCUAUUGCCACCUUGGAGAAAGAUUUUUACAAGCCCCUGUCGCAUCUGCAAGAGAGCAUACGGAGUCCCAUAUCUCGAAUAAGUGCCUUUCUGAAAAGACUGUCUGAGCCCACAAAUACCUUGCCUCAAAAUGGCAAUGGGGCCUCAUCGACCUCUUCGGUACAUGAAGGACUCCGGGAGAAGAAUUUUCAUGAUAGGCAACAGGUAACUGAUAGCGACCGAGGGGGCAUUCUUCCCUGGAUACCUGGGAAUCCCGUCGAGCAGGCAUGCUCCGAGGUAACUUCUGACAACGAUGAACCCCGUCUAAAACGGCGUCGGAUUUGA